UUUCUUUCUUCCUCCCCCCACCCCCCUUUGCGCGUGUGAUUUCUUUCUUUCUUUCUUUCUUUCUUCUCUUCUGUUCCCCUUACACCCCCACUCCCCCAAUUCCUCUUUUCCCUUUGCUGGGUCUAAGGCAUCUGAGCCUUGGAAACCAGACCGACUUCAAACUGCAGUAGCCCCCAGAGUCAGGAGGGUCAAGUUCAGCCGCCGGGGAGGAGGAAAAACAAAUCCCGAUUUGCCAAAAAAAGAAGUUUCAGGCCGGUGCCCCCUCCCCCUCCCAGCCCCACUCCCCCUCGCUGUCUCUUGCUGGCUGAUUUUAAUUCUCUCCUACCGGGAGCAGCAGAGGAUCUGGAGGUGGCUGGACCCGAGGGGCCGCCGCCGCCGCUGCUGCAAGUUUUCUGGGGGCUCCUGGCAAACGGGGAGCAGACUAGGCACCGGCAUGCAGAGUAAUAUGGUCCGGAAAAAGAACCCCCCUCUGAGAAACGUUGCUAGUGAAGGCGAGGGUCAAACCCUGGAGCCAACUGCUGCAGAGAGCAAGGUAUCUGGGAAGAACAAAGAAUUUUCUACAGAUCAGAUGUCAGAAAAUACAGAUCAGAGUGAUGCUGCAGAAUUGAACACGAAGGAGGAGCACAGCACGCAUGGCCAAGAACCGUCUUCCAGCAGUAAGAAGGACUUGCAAAUCUCAGGCCUGAGUGAGAAGGCUGGCUUCAAUUAUGAAAGCCCCAGUAAGGGAGGGAACCUUGCCUCCUUCCCACAUGAUGAGGUAACAGACAGAAAUAUGUUGGCUUUCUCAUCUCCAGCUGCUGGGGGAGUGUGCGAGCCCUUGAAGUCUCCUCAAAGAGCAGAGGCAGAUGACCCUCAAGAUAUGGCCUGCACCCCAUCAGGGGAUUCAUUGGAGACAAAGGAAGAGCAUAAAAUGUCACCAAAGGCCACUGAGGAAACAGGGCCAGCGCAGAGUGGUCAAGCCAAUUGUCAAGGUUUGAGUCCAGUUUCCGUGGCCUCAAAAAACCCACAAGUGCCUUCAGAUGGGGGUGUCAGACUGAGUAAACCCAAAAGUGACUUACUGGUGAAUGACAACCCAGACCCGGCACCUCUGUCUCCAGAGCUUCAGGACUUUAAAUGCAAUAUCUGUGGAUACGGUUACUAUGGCAAUGACCCCACAGAUCUGAUUAAGCACUUCCGAAAGUAUCACUUAGGACUGCAUAAUCGCACCAGGCAGGAUGCUGAGCUGGACAGCAAAAUCUUGGCCCUUCAUAACAUGGUGCAGUUCAGCCAUUCCAAAGACUUCCAGAAGGUCAACCGUUCUGUGCUUUCUGGUGUGCUGCAGGAUAUCAGCUCUUCACGGCCUGCUUUACUAAAUGGGACCUACGAUGUACAGGUCACUUCAGGAGGAACAUUCAUUGGCAUUGGACGGAAAACUCCAGAUUGCCAAGGCAACACCAAGUAUUUCCGCUGCAAAUUCUGCAAUUUCACUUAUAUGGGCAACUCAUCAACUGAACUAGAACAACAUUUUCUUCAGACUCACCCGAAUAAAAUCAAAGUGUCUCUCCCAUCUUCCGAGGGCGUGAAAUCUUCAGAGAAAAACUCUAACAAAUCCAUCCCUGCGCUUCGAGCCAGUGACUCUGGGGAUGUAGGAAAGUGGCAGGACAAAAUGACAGUCAAAGCUGGAGAUGACACCCCUGUCGGCUACUCAGUGCCCAUCAAGCCCCUCGAUUCCUCACGACAAAAUGGUACAGAGGCCACCAGUUAUUACUGGUGUAAAUUUUGUAGUUUCAGCUGUGAGUCAUCUAGCUCCAUUAAGCUGCUAGAACAUUACAGCAAGCAGCAUGGAGCAGUGCAGUCAGGCGGCCUUAAUCCAGAGUUGAAUGACAAGCUUCCCAGGAGCUCUGUCAUUAAUCAGAAUGAUCUAGCCAAAAGUGUAGAAGGAGAGCCAUUGACCAAGCCAGAGAAGGGCUUGAGUGGGGCUAAAAAGAAGGACUUCCCCAGCAAGGGAGCAGAGGAUAACAUGGUAACGAGCUAUAACUGUCAGUUCUGUGACUUUAGAUAUUCCAAAAGCCAUGGCCCUGAUGUGAUUGUAGUGGGUCCACUUCUCCGUCAUUAUCAGCAACUCCAUAACAUCCACAAGUGUACCAUUAAGCACUGUCCAUUCUGUCCCAGAGGCCUUUGCAGCCCAGAAAAGCACCUUGGAGAAAUUACUUAUCCGUUUGCUUGUAGAAAAAGUAAUUGUUCCCAUUGUGCACUGUUGCUGUUGCACUUGUCUCCUGGGGUGGCCGGAAGUUCCAGAGUCAAACACCAAUGCCACCAGUGUUCCUUCUCUACCCCCGAUGUAGAUGUGCUCCUCUUUCACUAUGAGACCGUGCACGAGUCCCAAGCAUCGGAUGUCAAACAAGAGGCAAACCACCUGCUAGGAUCUGACGGGCAGCAGGCUGUCAGGGAAAGCAAAGAACACUCCUGCACCAAAUGCGAUUUUAUAACCCAGGUGGAAGAGGAGAUCUCUAGACACUACAGGAGAGCACACAGCUGCUAUAAAUGUCGUCAGUGCAGUUUCACAGCUGCUGACACUCAGUCACUAUUGGAGCACUUCAACACAGUUCACUGCCAGGAACAGGAGAUCACUACUGCUAAUGGCGAAGAGGAUGGCCAUGCCAUACCCACCAUCAAAGAAGAGCCCAAAAUUGACCUCAAGGUCUACAGUCUGCUAAACCCAGACUCUAAAAUGGGAGAGACAGUUCCCGAGAGCAUAGUCAAAAGAGAGAAACUCGAUGACAAGGAAGGGCUGAAAGAUAAAAUCUGGACUGAGAGUUCAACUGAUGACCUACGUGGUGUGGCUUGGAGAGGGGCGGACAUCCUACGGGGUAGUCCAUCCUACACUCAAGCAAGUCUAGGGCUCUUGACACCUGUGUCCAGCUCCCAAGAGCAGACAAAGACUCUGAGGGACAGCCCCAACGUUGAAGCUGCCCACCUGGCACGACCUAUGUAUGGCUUGGCAGUAGAUACCAAGGGCUUUCUGCAAGGAGCUCCUGCUGGAGGCGAGAAGUCUGCAUCUCUUACCCAGCAGUAUCCUGCUUCUGGAGAGAGCAAGACCAAGGAUGAAUCCCAGUCACUGUUACGGAGGCGAAGGGGCUCUGGUGUUUUUUGUGCCAAUUGCCUGACCACAAAGACCUCUCUCUGGAGAAAGAACGCAAAUGGCGGAUAUGUAUGCAAUGCAUGUGGUCUCUACCAGAAACUUCACUCGACUCCCAGGCCUUUAAACAUCAUUAAACAAAACAACGGCGAGCAGAUUAUUAGAAGACGGACAAGAAAGCGCCUUAACCCAGAGGCACUUCAGGCUGAGCAGCUCAACAAACAGCAGAGGGGAAGUGGGGAGGAGCAGGUCAAUGGAAGCCCCUUAGAGAGGAGGUCAGAAGAUCACUUAAGUGAAAGUCAUCAGAGAGAGAUUCCACUUCCGAGCCUGAGCAAAUACGAAGCCCAGGGUUCAUUGACUAAAAGCCAUUCCACUCAGCAGCCAGUCCUCGUCAGCCAAACUCUGGAUAUUCACAAAAGGAUGCAGCCUUUGCACAUUCAGAUAAAAAGUCCUCAGGAAAGUACUGGAGAUCCAGGAAAUAGUUCAUCUGUGUCUGAUGGGAAAGGAAGUUCUGAAAGAGGCAGUCCCAUAGAAAAAUACAUGAGACCUGCAAAACACCCCAACUACUCUCCACCAGGCAGCCCCAUCGAAAAGUACCAGUACCCACUUUUUGGAGUUCCUUUUGUACAUAAUGACUUCCAGAGUGAAGCUGAUUGGCUACGGUUCUGGAGUAAAUAUAAGCUCUCCGUUCCUGGGAAUCCGCACUACUUGAGUCAUGUGCCUGGCUUACCAAAUCCUUGCCAAAACUAUGUGCCUUACCCCACCUUCAAUCUGCCUCCUCAUUUCUCAGCUGUUGGAUCAGACAAUGACAUUCCUCUAGAUUUGGCGAUCAAGCAUUCCAGACCUGGGCCAACUGCAAAUGGUGCCUCCAAGGAGAAAACCAAGGCACCCCCAAAUGUAAAAAAUGAAGGUCCCUUGAAUGUAGUUAAGACGGAGAAAGUUGACAGAAGCACUCAAGAUGAACUUUCAACGAAAUGUGUGCACUGUGGCAUUGUUUUUCUGGAUGAAGUGAUGUAUGCUUUGCAUAUGAGUUGCCAUGGUGACAGUGGACCUUUCCAGUGCAGCAUAUGCCAGCAUCUUUGCACGGACAAAUAUGACUUCACAACACAUAUCCAGAGGGGCCUGCAUAGGAACAAUGCACAAGCAGAAAAAAAUGGAAAACCUAAAGAGUAAAACCUUAGCACUUAGCACAAUUAAAUAGAAAUAGGUUUUCUUGAUGGGAAUUCAAUAGCUUGUAAUGUCUUAUGAAGACCUAUUAAAAAAAUAAUUCAUAGAGCCUGCCUUAUCCAACAUAAAAUUCCUUUUUUUUUAAAUCUCUUUCUUUUGAUGAGUAGGUUACCAAGAUUUUAAAAUGAAACAUAUGGUCAGUGAGAAAGAAUGGAAUCGAUAGAUAAUUAAAAAAAAAAAAAAGGAAAUGUAGAGUGAAAACUAUCUUACCUAAUGUAUACUGCAAAAUCUCUAUACAGAGGUCCACCAAAUUAUAGCUAUUUUGUUUGUAAAGAUAUGAAUACUCUCUAGAAUUCAAAAGAGUUUACAUACUAUCAUGUGACAGCAGUAUUAGGCUGGCUAUUGGCCCAUCCAUUCAGAAACCUGUAAUAGGUUGCCUACAUCUAAAAAUAUCAUGAAAUUCUAGCCAAAUGAGAAGAAAAUCAGUCUCCAGGGCAAUGGAAUUAAAAUGGCACCUCUAAAAUUAGUCUCCUCUCAUUGACCAUGUUUCAGAUUUAGACCUCAAAAUGUGAACUGUGGUUAGGCUUGUUGAGCGAGCAGUAAGAAUCGUGACAGUUGGUGGCACAAUGUUUUUUGGCCAGCCCUGCCUGUACAUACACAUACACACCCUCUUUAAUAUUUUUGUCCUUUAGAUGUUCCAGUACUUGGUAGUCAUUUUAUUCACAGUUUUAGUUUCAUUUUGUUCAAAUAUAUUCAUUCUUAAAACAAUGUCCUCAGUGCUUAUGUAGUAAUUUUAUUUUAGCCAGAUAUUUCUUUCUUGUUGAUGAUGAACUGGUUUGGAAUUUUUUAAAAUCUCCUGUUGGUCACUAAUCUCACUUGGCACAUCGUAACUAAAGCAAUCCCCUCACUUCAAAAGACUAGAUAAAUACAAAUGUCAGGCCAUGGCUUUAAUUUGCUGAGAACAUAUGGUAUUUCUCCACAAGGUAACCUGCUGUAUUUAUUUAUUUUACUUUGGUUAAAUAUAAUUUCCAAACUUUGUAGUCAGGCAGCAUGCAAGGUUACGUUACCACAGACUGACAGUUGGUAUAUGUACCAAUCAAUCCCUUCAUUAGAUUUAUACAGGUUUAGUUAAGUAGCAUUAAGUAGGAUUCUUAGAAGUGUGUCUUCAUAGUACUUGUAAUACUUAAGGCUUUGUAAAAACUAUCCAUGAAGGGAGAGCUCCUCAGCAUAACUGCUCAGGGAAAUAGGGCUAAAUAAUUGAACAUUAAAUAAUUGGUUUAAGGUGCUGUUAGUCGAGCCUCAAUGCUUGCUACAAGGAUGUAUGUACAAGGACUGACUUUAAUAAUUUGCAUUAUAUUGUCCCAACCAGUAGUUUAUUUUUUGCCACGGAGAUGUAGAAGAUAUUACAAGCUACUGGAUGCACUGUCAGAUUAACUUAUUUCAUUAAAGAAGUUGGGAGAACAAAUAGGAAAAAAAAACUUAUUUUUCUAGUAAAUAUUAAUGUAUUACAUUUCAAAUAAUGGUGCCUGACAUAUUGAAUAAUUAUUUUCUACAGUGUACGUAUGCAACAAAGAUAUUCCAUCAUGCAUUAGAGUCAGUUCUGGCUCUGCCUAGCUGUUUACAUUUGCAAAUGUAGCAAACAAGGUAAUGAAGCAACUAUUUCUAUUGCAGUAGGUAUCUCUAGUGUGUAUGUGUGUGUGCGUGUGUGUGUGUGCAUUAAAGUUGUAAACGGUAACAUGAAACAAAGGAAGUUCUCAAUGUAAUGGUGUGGAAAACAAGAAGGAAGUGAAAAUAUUUUUAUGCCUACUUAGGAUACAAGGGUAGCACUAUUCAUUCCAAGUACUUUUUUUUUUUUUUUUAAUUUUAAGCUCUUAACUCCCAUUGUUAUGCUUAAGAUGAUAAACAUAUAUCCUCUUUUUAUUGCUUUGUCUAUGUUUCAGAUGAAACAUUUCAGAAAUUAUUUUGAUAAGUGUUGCUGGAAUCCGCAGCACGGAUGUUCUUAUUGCAUUCUGUAGUGGCAUUUGCACUCCAGUUUUACAUUAAUUCGCAGUUGCUUUUGUACUGUUUUGUUGGGUUGGGUUUGGCUUCUUUCUCACUAUGCGGGAGUCUCAUUUCUUAGAGUUUGGAUGGCAGGUAGAGUUAACCAGUCUAUGACUGUUCCAGUGAAUGAAGUUAAAAUUACCUUCCUGAUACUAUGUUGUCCUCAUCUUCAUUCUCGCAUUUUUUUGUUUAUUUUCAUGUUUUAAAAAAAAAUGGAAAAAAGAAAAGAAAAAAAAAGAAGAUGGAGAGAAAGAAAAUCAGGACUAAGUCCUCUGCUUUGGUCACAUUGUUAAAGGACCCUGUUUUAAUCUCACCUGUCUGUGGCGUAGCUCAAAUGUUCACAAGAACUGAAAUAAAGAGGUGGAAUGAGGAGCUCUGACAUUCAAAUGACUUGACAUAAUUUAUCUUUCUUAGCAUUCUGGUAGCUGCACCUCAGAAUACAGAGGGCAAUCUGAGAGGCAUCAAAGAUCUAAAAUGGAGAUUUCCCAAACAACAAUAUUUAACUUCCUCAGUAACACAAAUAUUAAAGUGCACUGUACUGAUCCUCAAGGCUCAUUAUAUGUGGACUGCCCAAUUCAACAACAUACCAGAAAUUUGGUCAACUUGGGCAAUAUUGCACAUUACAUCUUUGAUAUCCUUAUGCAAUUUCUUCAGUGUGUUAGAAACAAGUAGAUUUUUUCAUUGUUGGCAUGUAUGCCUUUUGUUUUUUUCAUUCCAUUUUUUUUUCUCAGUGAGACAUAGUAGCAAUGAUUAGCAUUGAAAAAUACAUAUCACUGUGCUUGGAAUAUUUAUGGCCAGUCUACUUUCAGUAGAUUACCUUUCGGAUAGCAUUGGCAUGUUAGAUCUUAUUCCAUACUCCUUUAUUAGUAAUUACUUUUAUUUUUAUGUUUGUUUAUGUUAUGCAUAUUUUGGUUGAGAAAAGUUGGGCCUUAAAAAAUGGUGAACAUUUAUAAUAACACUAAAAUACUCAUUUUUUGAUGACCUAAAGUUUUGAUUCCAUGUUUCAAAAUGUAUUACAAAAAUGAGUUAUGUUUUUAAAGGCAUUUGAGGACUUUUGUCUUAAAUUGUGAAGGAUUUUAAGUGAGGUAUUUAGGUACUUAACCUUUUUCGAAGGACUUUCAAGAUGACUUUGAACCUUUUCUCUCUUGGAAAGUCUUCUGGAGAUACCAGCUAAAGUGCUGUGCCAUUUCAACCCUGCCACUCUUCUCAAGUUAGUUGUCACUUCCGUACUGAGCUUUGGCUUCAGCACUGGGCCAGAACCAGCUCAUGCACGUUCUUCCUUUUCCCACAUCUCUCUCACCUUCACUCACCUCCAUGAAAGUACUGUUGUUUGGGAUAUAAAACCAUAAGGAGCCAGCCCACCUCAGAAAAUUGUGGACUGAGAGACACUACAUGACUCUAAGUACAUGAGAACGGGAUGGAGCUCACAGAGUUAAUAUAUUCUCUCUGUUGUUCAAACGACAAAGAGGUGCCCAGUUCUCUCUACAUGACAUAUUGAGAUGGUUUUUGUUUGUUUGUUUGUUUUGUUUUGUUAAAUCCACUUUUGAGAUAGUGAUGUUCUAUUCUAAACUGUUCUCUUUUAGUAAAGGUAGAGUUUAGGAAACAAGCAUGGGGAUUCUUUUCUAAGAUAAUAAGGAGGAGAAAACAGUGAUUUUCUUCAAGAGCUUUUUAUGGAAGCCUGUGGUAGCACAUUCUGUUUAUGAUUGCACAUGUGCACAUAAUCUAUUAUGAUCUAAUGCGAAUACAGCUCCCAAAACAUUAAAUGUACAUACAUAUAUUUUAAUUGCCUGGGGAAAUUUUUUCUUAAAAAUUUGGAGAUGAUCCAUACUGCUAUCAAAAUAAAUAUUACCCUCUUGCCUUGUGGCUGCAAAACAUCACAAAGUGACCUGUCUUGAGACUUUUGUACUUUCUGCCUACCUAGUUAACAAACAUUAACAUCUUUUUAGAAGUGGGAAUAUCUGUCCUCUGGAGGUGGAAUUGUGGAGAGACUAUGCUGGUAGUCUGGUGGUCAUUCUGCCUCUAGGCUGUAGUCCAGCCUCUUGCCCAUAGUUGAGAUGAAUUAUGCUCUGUUUUUGGGUUGAGGGCUGCAUCAAAAAAAAAAAAUACCAUGAGACAUAUUUGUUUAGCUGGUAGGUGAAGGCUUUCUGACUUUUCUAGAUAAGUGGGGCUGAGGAACUGUACACCUUGAAUAUGAAAGUAAAUGUACUAACCAAAGAAAGGUACUGUUAAGUAUACCAGGCUACUGAGUGGAUAGAAAUACACUCAUGGAGAGAGCAGCAUUCUCAUUGAUUUGGCCAAUGGUAAGAGAUACUAGCUUCUUUGCAGGGUGCUUACUUGUGGCUGUUGCUUGCUGGUUCAGAGUGUUCUCGUGUGUUUCUGACCAUAGUGCAGCAUUUUCUCAAGCCUUUCCACUUAUUCAAAGUCAUUGGGCCCUCUGGAGGAUGCUAGGGCAGAAAUGUACCAAGGCAGGGAUGAAGAAGAGAUAAAAAUCAACAAUAAUCCACAUAGGGAAAUGGAUAAAGUAUGCUCACAUACUCUCUCAGAAGAAAUGUUAGUGUGGUGAGCUUAUGCUGUCCUGCACCCGAGCAAAGCAAGAAUAACGACCAUAAAGACAAUGCUUAUCCUUUCUCAGACCCACAAGUCCCAAAACUGGAUCCCAGUUUUACCCCAUAUUUUCUUCAAUACAAUGAAGGCAAAAUAGGACUCUUUUUUUCUCUGCCUCAGGUUCCUCAGCUGUAAAAUGGAAAAAUAUAUUAAUAAUAAUAAUAAUAUUAAAAAUAAUAAUGGUAAUGUAGUACUUGUUUGUAAAGCACUUUGAGAUCCUUGGUUGGAGGGCACCAUAAGAGUGUCAAGUAUUAUUAUGUGGCCAAGGGGGUUAUUUAAAACUCUGGUUCCCAUGGGCCGAGAAAGUUUGGCAUCAUUUUUAUUAAAGAUGAGCUGUAAAUAUCUUUACUAAGCAGCCUAUAGUGUUGGCUAUGAAGAGGCAAGACUAUAACCAGGCUGAUAAGACCAUAGUUUGUUAAUGGCUACCAAAAAGGCACGUGUCACAAUAACAAAUGCUGAAUUCUUUAGGGUGUAAUAUUUGACAACAUGAUUGAUCUGGGGGGGAGGGGUGGAAAACAUCUCAAAAUGCCAAUGUAAAACUAACAGCAAUAUUCACCAGCAGAAAAUGUCUUUCAUAUGGAAUGAUUUCAUGUUGAUAAGAAAAAGCAUUCAAUUUGUAGUCCUGAUUUGAACACCAGACUGUGGGGUAUAAUAGUUCUGUUUUUACAACACAUGGAAUUUUUUUUUCAUUUUAUUUCAUUUUGUUUUCAUAGUGCAUGUUCAUUUCUACUCACAACAUGUUCUUGGUGUAUUUCUUAUGCAAACAAUCUUCAGGCAGCAACGAUGUCUGUUACAUCUAAACUUGAAUAAUAAAGUUUUACCACCAGUUAUCCAUGACGGCUUUGGUAUGGUUUAUAUGGAUUCAUGAUCAUCCAGGAAGCAAUAGAAGCUACAGAUCCUCGGAACAUAUCAAUGAGAUCUGAACAUAAAUAAUGAAAAUGAAACCAGGUCACCUAUUAAAAAAAAAUCACUAAGAUGUACUAAGCUGGAUUCUUUCAACUUGUUUUUUCAUUAACCAAUCUGUUACAGGUAGAUUUUUCUGCUAAAAACACAUUAUGCUAUAUUUUUAGAAAGAUUAAUGAUACUCUUGUUUAUUUCAAAAGCAUAUUGAGCAUCAGUCAUUGAGUGUUGCAUAUUGAUCUGCUAAUAAUUACCUUUCAGUAUGUAAAUACUUCCUUUUAAGAAAUAUAAGUUUGAUUCUAUUCAGUAUACCCAUAUGCAUGUGAAAUGAAGGUCCUGAUAAAUAUCUCAAAUUAAAUUCAUAUUU